AUGUGCCAAAAAUCUUACGCCAUUCAGCUCAUGUAUAGUGCCCCAAGGCAGAUUAAGACCCAGAGGCUCCGGAAUGUCAGGCAUCGCACGUCGGUUCUCAGUGGAAAGGUAGCUAAGCUGAAAAGGAAAGCAAGGAAAUACGAUCAGAGCUAUAAAACCAUUCAUUUUGCUCUGAUGGAUUAUCUCAAUGAACAGCCGACCCAGAACCAACAACUCCAAAUUAAUGGUGGAUUGUUAGGUCUGAGAACUGCUAUCAAUGAGAUGUCUGCAGCUAUGGCUGAUGUUUCUGUUAGGACAGUAUCUAGUAAUAUCAAGGAGAAAGAGAGCAAGGAGGAGGAGGGGGAGGACGAGGAGGAGGCAACCGAAGAAGACGAGACGACACAGAAGAGAUAG